AGUGUAGCAGCCUUCCACUUCAGGACAGAAUGCCUUUCGGAGGAGGAAACAAGUGCGGCUGCUGCCAGAAAACCGUCUAUUUUGCUGAAGAAGUGCAGUGUGAGGGGAAGAGCUGGCACAAAUCCUGUUUUCUGUGCAUGGUCUGUAGGAAGAACUUGGACAGCACAACUGUGGCCGUUCAUGGAGAUGAGAUUUACUGUAAAUCAUGCUAUGGCAAGAAAUAUGGUCCAAAAGGCUACGGUUUUGGAGGUGGAGCAGGAACGCUGAGUAUGGACACAGGAGAAGGACUUGGAAUCAAGCCUGAAGGACAAGCUCCUCACCAUCCUACAAGUAACAUCAACUCCUCCAAGUUUGCUCAGAAAGCUGCAGGAUCCGACGCGUGUCCUCGAUGUGGGAAAACCGUGUACGCAGCGGAGAAGGUUAUCGGAGGAGGCAACUCGUGGCACAAAGGCUGCUUCCGUUGUGCCAAGUGUGGUAAAGGCCUGGAGUCUACGACCCUCGCUGACAGGGAUGGAGAGAUCUUCUGCAAAGGUUUGUUCCUGCCAGCUAAAAAUGAACGUAAAUGCAAAUGA